UCUUGGGAGCUGGUUUCUUGAUUUUUUAAUCAGAAAAAAAAAAUCGUGUUUUUUUUCUUUGUUCUUGAUCAAUGGCCAGUGCUUCUUGCCGGCAGAACCCUUUACGGAUUAGUGCUGAUUUCAGUGAUAAUUCGAGAUUACUGAGUCCUAAAAUCAAUUUCUCAAGUGUUAAUUUCCCUUCAAAUGUGGAAUUCUCGAGGCUUAGCUUUGCCCACACUUCAGCUUCCACCUCUACUUCCAAGGAAUAUUGUGGUGACGUACGUUGUUUACCGAACGCCGAUGAGAAAGGGCCGACACCCAUUCUCGACAUGAUCGAAAGUCCUAUGCAUUUAAAAAAUUUAACUUCCAAGGAACUAAGACAGCUAGCAGACGAAAUUCAGUCUGAAUUAUUACAUACCAUGUCGAAAACACAAAAGCCCUUUAAAGCCAGUUUAUCGGUAGUCGAACUAACAGUGGCUAUUCAUCACGUUUUUAACUCCCCCGUGGACAAGAUUCUUUGGGAUAUGGAGGAUCAAACUUAUCCACAUAAGCUUCUCACUGGGAGAAGGGACCUUGUUCGUAACGCUAAAACUCUAGAUGGUUUAACGAGUUAUACGUGUCGUAGUACAUUUGAUCCCUUUGGUGCAGGGCAUGGGUGCAGCAGCAUUUCUUCGGGACUUGGUAUGGCGGUUGCACGAGAUAUUAAAGGGAAAAAAGACCGUAUAGUUUCUGUGAUUAGCAACGAAACGACUAUGGCUGGCCAGGUUUACGAGGCUAUGAGCAAUGCAGGUUAUUUGGAUUCGAAUAUGGUCGUGAUUUUAAAUGAUUGUCACCAUUCUUCACAAAUGAAGCUCGAGCAUGUCCCUAAAGCAUCGAUUAAUGCUGUUUCUAGUACUCUGAGCAAGCUGCAGUCGAGCAAAAUUUUCAGGAAAUUCAGAGAGCUUGCUAAGGUUCUUACCAAGAAAAUCGGAGGUGGAAUGCACGAGUGGGCAGCCAAGAUCGACGAGUACGCACGUGGUAUGAUGGGCCCCACAGGAUCAACUUUAUUCGAAGAGCUCGGAUUGUACUAUAUCGGCCCCGUAGACGGUCACAGUAUAGAAGACCUUGUUUGUGUUCUUCGUGAGGUGGCAUCUCUCAACUCAAUGGGCCCCGUUUUGGUUCAUGUCAUAACAAAUGAACAUCACAAAGUCGAAGAAGAUUACCACACAAGUCUCUUGAACAAUGAACCACUAAACGGCAAUUCUAGACCGCAAACGUAUAGCGAUCACUUUGUGGAGGCUUUGAUCACUGAAUCAAGAAAAGACGAAGAUAUUGUAGUGGUGCAUGCAGGAAUGGGAAUGGAACCUUCGUUUCAAUUAUUGAAAGAUAACUUAACGGACAAGUUUUUCCAUGUCGGCAUGGCGGAGCAGCACGCAGUUACUUUCUCCGCUGGUCUAGCGUGCGGUGGAUUAAAACCCUUUUGUAUUAUCCCAUCGGCAUUCCUUCAAAGAGCAUACGACCAGGUAGUUCAUGAUGUGGAUAGGCAGAAGAUUCCGGUACGUUUUGCAAUUACGAGUGCAGGUCUAGUGGGGUCCGAUGGGGCAACUCAUUCUGGACCGUUCGAUAUAACGUUUAUGUCAUGUUUACCGAACAUGAUUGUGAUGUCACCGUCAGAUGAGACUGAGCUAGCUCGUAUGGUCAACACUGCGGUCAACAUUAAUGACCGGCCAGUUUGCUUUCGAUAUCCUAGAGGUGCCGUUGCUUUGACAAACCAUAAACCAUAUGUCGGAGAAUCCAUUGAGAUUGGCAGAGGGAGAGUACUUGUAGAAGGUAAAGAUAUUGCUUUCUUGGGGUUUGGUUCGAUGGUACAAAAUUGUCUUAGAGCACAUAAUCUUCUUUCGAAGCUUGGUAUUGAAGUUACUGUGGCUGAUGCGAGAUUUUGCAAGCCGCUCGAUAUUAAAUUAAUAAGAAUGUUAUGCAAGAACCAUAGAUUCCUUAUCACAGUCGAGGAAGGUUCCGUUGGAGGAUUUGGUGCUCAUGUUGCUCGAUUUAUUUCUCUUGAUGGGCUGCUCGAUGCUGGAAUUAAGUGGCGGCCUAUAACUUUGCCGGAUAAUUAUAUUGAGGGUGCAUUGCCACAAGAACAACUCGCUCUUGCUGGUUUAACGGGGAAUCACAUAGCUGCAACUGCAUUGAAUCUGCUUGGUCGAACUCGUGAAGCUCUUCUAUUAAUGUGCUAGUGAAUUGAUCCGAUUAUUGAUUCGAUUAUUAUAUACAAUGUUUUGUAUAGGUUACGGUACUAUUUCCAUGUAAGAACGGGCAUAUAUGUGUGUGUUUGGUGUUGGUUAUUGCAUAGUUUGUGGUUGUACAUUUAUGUAAGAAGAUAACGGUUGUUUCGUAAUUAUCGAUGAAUGUGUUCAUUCUCUUUCCA